GGGUGAAUGGGCUCACGUGUGUGUGGUGUGCAUGCAUAUGCGCUGUACUGGUAAAUUUCCAAGCGCAUGCACCACUAGAAGCUUGGCUUCAACAGCGGCCGCCACAACACGAAGCAGGGCGGCCCCGAAAAAGUGACAAAACCUGCAGAGCACGCACCCGCCCUCGUUCAGCAGCUGGUAUUUUCUUUGCAGCAGCAGCAACACUGACCAAAAAGCGCAAUUCACUGCCAGUGGUAGAGCGUCCCUCUUUGAUUUUUAUUUGCUUCUGGUUGCUGGCGUCUGCAUACAAAAUCUCGCCCAGUGACGCGCCGACCACUUUACAGAGACGGCCCCCCUUUUCUAGUUUGACGUCAUCUGCGCAAAACACCUCGUCCUUUUACUCUGCCAACUACACAACCAACCAAGCAGCCCGCCACAAUGACUUCGCCCGCUGCUCAAGUGCAAGCCGGAAAGCGCAAGCGUCUCGAUGCCGAUGCUCAGGCCGAGGUCGAGGCUGUCGCCGAGACAAUUGAUAACCUGGCGCAGUCGGAAGACGACGAUGACAGCUCGCGCUCCAAUACUAAGAGACAACGCGGAGAUCCCAAGCUCAAUGUCGAAACUAAGCCCGAAGCCCUCAAUGGCUCCAGCAUGGUGCCGCCGCCCCUAGGCCAGCUCACGCACCCUGCUGGCGGCUACAAGACGAACCCUCCUCCCGUUGGCCGCGCAGUCCGUGUGUAUGCCGAUGGCGUCUUUGACCUUUUCCAUCUCGGACACAUGCGCCAGCUCGAGCAGGCCAAAAAGGCCUUCCCCAACACCACCCUGAUUGUCGGCGUCACAGGCGACGCCGAGACCCAUCUCCGCAAGGGUCUAACCGUCAUGUCGGCCAAGGAGCGCGCCGAGUCCAUCCGCCACUGCAAGUGGGUUGACGAGGUCAUUGAGGACUGCCCGUGGAUCGUGACCCCCGAGUUCCUCGAAGCCAACCGCCUCGACUACGUUGCCCACGACGACAUCCCGUACGGCGCCGACGAGGGCGACGACAUUUACCAACCCAUCAAGGCGGCUGGCAAGUUCCUAGUCACACAACGCACCGAGGGCGUCAGCACAACGGGCCUUAUUACCAGAAUCGUCCGAGACUAUGAAAAGUACAUUGCCCGUCAGUUCGAGCGCGGCACGUCCCGCCAGGAGCUCAACGUCAGCUGGCUCAAGAAGAACGAACUCGACCUCAAGCGCCACGUCCAGGAGCUGCGCGAUAACAUCACCAACAACUGGACCACCACGGGCCAGGAGCUCAGCCGCGAGCUGCGCCAGUUCUGGCCGGCCAGUCGGCCCCAGAGUCCUGCGCGCUUCCACAGCUCUACGAGCGAUCCGGCGCGCUCGCCUACCGGCUCCGGCAGCAUCCACGGGCCCAACUCCAAGGAGUUCAUCACUGGCUACGCUGUCGGCCUUGUCGGCGGUGUCCGCACCUGGAUGACCAAGAAUAGACGCAUGGUUCGUGACCGAAACCUGAGCGACGACGACUCCGAGAGCGACGAGCAGCAGGAUACUGCCAACGGCACAGCUAGCAGCAGCAGUAACACCAACACGCCUAUCCUUGCGCCUACGCCUAAGCGCCCAUAACCUAGGACCGCUUGGCUAUCCAGUAUCAUCAUCGCCACGUCUUCACCACUCUUCGCCUUUUUUUAUUACAUUAUAAUACGUGUGCUUGGGGGAAUGAACCAGCAUACACUCAAUACAGGUUCUUCUUUUUUUAUAACUAUUGCUUUUCGAGGUAUGGAAAAUAGGAUACGAAAACGGCGGGGGAAAAUAUGUCUUUUUUUGUCUGUCUUUAUUUUGGCUUGACUUGGAACAGUUGCUGUUCAGUCACUCUUUGCUCGUUGGCGUUGUGUUUCUCUGGGAUCUUUACUUCUUCACUUUUAUAUAUUACUCGGGAUGGCUUUCCCUCUUGUCAAUGGACUAUACUUUCUCUCAUGUCUUCCUGUCAUCUCUCUGUCCAAAGCGAUUCAUAUGUAUCCAAUCGCCGGACAACCAACCCUUCCGGACUGUCUCCGACAUGCACGGUUGGGCUGCUGCCGCCCCUGGCCGGCCACUUGUCAAACAAGAGUCUGAGACCAAAUGUAACCAUGCAACGUGCAGCAGCACUGUCCAUCGCCAGGUACAGCCUUCGCCAUCGGCGGCCGUCAGUCAGGUAAGUGGGAGGGACGACGCCGGGCGACAUUUGCUUCGGCCUCUGUGACAUGCUGUUGGCGCGGUGCGUUGACGCCAACCCGCCCCCUCUUCCCACACCACCCACAUCACAUCACAUGGGGGGCUGAGUAGAGCAGCAGCUAAUGCAGAGGAGCGUUUAUGCACUCAUUCCACGCUAUCCACGAUUUUGGAGAGAGAUUGUGUGUAUGUUCCUGAGUGGGCUAGGCCUGAGCGGCAACCCGCAGUAUGCUCCAGGGCGGAGCAAGCAAGCAAGCUAAUAGCAAACAGGCAACUGCGGAAAGCAAGGCUCUGUCGUCCUUUGCCCAGGCUAAGGCUUUGCAAUCUCGUGGCGCACGAUGGCGACGGCCGGAGCCUCCGUAGCCUGUCGCAUAAUUGUCGCAUCUCCGACCAGGCUGGGCUGGGUUGCUUGACCGAGCAGGCAGGCAGGCAGAUCCCCCCUCGAAUCGCACUGACUGACUGAGCCUCUAAGCGCCCGCGAGGUUCAUGCUGGGCGGCUCAGGAGUGCUCGGGUCCCCUCCUGGGUUCCAUGUUUGUGCCUAGGAGCGGAUGUUCGUCUCGAUAUGGAUAUAUGUCUCGUCGCGCUAAGACCUAGCCAUCCAGUCACUUGUAGACAUCCGACCCGACAUCUUGGUUUUGCCAACACACACACACACACACACUAGUAAACGCACAGGCCGCAGUACCCGGUUAGUGUUGCUGGCGCCACCAGUAGGGAUCUUGGGGAGCUAUGGCGAGCUUUUCGCCGACGACUUUGUCGAUAUGAUUUGCUACCAAUUCGUUGGUUCGACUGCACAACCCCACCACCAGCAACCAACAGGCAGCCAACAGGGAGAGCCGAAAUCGAGAAGGAUUUCGGUAUGUCUGCUGUCUUUCUUUUUUUGUCUCUUUUCUGUAUUUCAGCUCGCUUGCGCCGCAGACAGUUGGUGACCUUCCAACUGCGCUGGUUCACCUUCUAAGAGAGGGUCGCAAUGGCCAACGAUUGGCUGUAAGGCUGCCAGGACGGCGCUGUAGCUUGUCGCCUGGCGCAGCCACUACGUUGUGAUGCACAAGGGCCUUGGAAGGGGGCCAAGAAAGUUGCAUAAGUUACUGGUAGAAUAAGCGCCAUGCCUUAAUGAGCAAGGUUUUAUGCUGAUCAGCGUCGUUCAUUGGAACAGCCUCAGUAAAUUGUGAAUGAACAAGCACUGUUGGUGGCUGCUGGCAUCUGCACCGUGCUGGCCCUUACACGGGUCGUGCAUAACGAACGAGCUAGCGAAUAAAGCGACAGCCGAAGUUGGGCCAAAGGUUCCCAUGAGUCGGCUCCGGAAGUUUUCACGCCCGGAGAGGGGGGCCAACCACGACGUAUGUAUCCAGUGGAGGGUAAACUUUGGGGAGGCAUGCGGUUGUUUUUGCCCUUUAACCGCUUUCCACGAUAACAUCGACGGCCGCGUAGCAGUAUUUCCCUCCUUUGUCGUUGCAGAUGUUUUGCCGGCGGCAAACAACUAUUUUUGUGUACACGUCUCCUUGUCAACAGGGCCGCCCGGUGUGCCUACAUGUGUGGUCGGCGAGAGGGGAAGCACCAACACAAGGCUGUGCACCCGAGAGAAUAAAGAUCCUCACUAGACUCAACAUGGAAGAGUAAAAGUGGGAUAUUUGAGCACGUCUCCGCCAUGGACAAAAUUCCUGACAUCAUGGGUAGCCUUCUGCACCAGCAAGGUCCCCUGUCUAUUGGAUUGCUGAACGAGAGCCGUACCAUUUGACCGCCCAGCGGAAAGAGCUCCGAAAUGUCACCGUCCCCAUAUACUGUCAAACCAGAGCCAAAAAGCGUCUGUUGACGCGCAAGCUUGGCGUACUGACACACAGCAGCCACAGGGAUCCAUAGCUGCAUCUCUAGCGAGAAGCUUGCCCGUCUGAUCUGAGACUAGCGAGUAGAGAGAGCGUCUGCAGUCGCCCCCUUCAUGCAUCUUUGAUUUUUCCCGUGGCUGUCGAAGCCUCCAACACGAUAGGUGGUGGGAGCAUCAAAAGCAGUAGUGGUCGUGGAAACAGCCCAAUGAUGUGCACUUUUGAAACCGCCUCCUAUGGCAGUAGUAGAGUCGUACGGUUCUGUGGCGUCAUUUGACCGAGCCUUACUGCCCUCUUUUGGUCGUCGAGAGGAACUAUGGU